AGCAUUUAUUGCAUGUCAAUUAUUGCUCAGCUGCUUUGUUUCUGUAUAAACAAACGUUAUUGUUUUCAGUCAUCCGCGAUAAAUAAUUUAGCAGAGAAGCACAGAUCUUCUCUAUUAUUCCAGCUUAAAAAACCGUUUAAAUCAACUGCACAACAUGCGUGAAUGCCUAUCAGUACACGUGGGUCAGGGUGGCGUGCAGAUUGGAAAUGCGUGCUGGGAACUGUAUUGUUUAGAACACGGAAUCCAACCUGAUGGUCAAAUGCCAUCCGAUAAAACAGUCGGUGGCGGCGACGAUAGCUUCAACACAUUCUUCAGCGAGACGGGCGCAGGCAAACAUGUACCCCGAGCAGUAUUCAUGGACUUGGAGCCAACGGUAGUCGAUGAAGUUAGGACUGGAACCUACCGCCAACUAUUUCAUCCCGAGCAACUGAUCACAGGAAAAGAAGAUGCAGCCAAUAACUAUGCCCGAGGUCACUACACAGUGGGGAAAGAGAUAGUUGACCUUGUUCUGGACCGCCUUCGUAAGCUAGCCGACCAAUGCACGGGUCUACAGGGUUUUCUUAUAUUCCACGCGUUUGGCGGAGGAACCGGAUCAGGCUUCACGAGUCUGUUAAUGGAGAGACUCUCCGUCGAUUAUGGAAAGAAGUCUAAAUUAGAAUUCGCGAUUUACCCGUCACCCCAAAUUUGCACUGCAAUUGUGGAGCCCUACAAUUCCCUCCUCACAACGCACACGACUCUGGAACAUUCCGACGCAGCUUUCAUGGUAGACAAUGAAGCGAUAUACGACAUAUGCAGGCGUAACUUAGACAUAGAGAGACCGACUUACACAAAUCUGAACCGGCUUAUCGGUCAAAUAGUUUCAUCGAUAACAGCUUCGCUCAGAUUUGACGGUGCCCUCAAUGUCGACCUCACCGAGUUCCAGACAAACUUAGUACCGUAUCCCAGGAUUCACUUCCCAUUGGCAACUUAUGCACCGGUAAUAUCCGCCGAGAAGGCUUAUCACGAGCAAUUGACUGUAGCUGAGCUGACAAAUUCAUGUUUUGAACCUGCCAAUCAAAUGGUCAAGUGCGAUCCUCGGCAUGGAAAAUAUAUGGCAUGCUGCAUGCUGUACAGGGGUGACGUCGUGCCCAAAGAUGUAAAUGCCUCUAUCGCCACGAUAAAAACCAAGCGCACAAUACAGUUCGUUGAUUGGUGCCCGACUGGGUUCAAGGUGGGUAUAAACUACCAGCCACCCACAGUCGUCCCUGGAGGAGACUUGGCUAAAGUACAGCGGGCGAUUUGCAUGCUUGCUAAUACCACUGCGAUAGCGGAGGCGUGGGCUCGACUGAACCACAAAUUUGACGUUAUGUACUCAAAACGUGCAUUUGUUCACUGGUACGUCGGUGAGGGAAUGGAGGAAGGUGAAUUCUCAGAGGCUCGAGAAGAUUUAGCUGCACUGGAAAAGGACUACGAAGAAGUCGGACUUGAUUCUGUUGAAGGCGAAGGCGAAGGUGGCGAGGAAUACUAAUCAGUUUUCAUAUGCGACAAUUUUUGUACAGCGGAUUGAAAUGGAAUAGAAAAACGUGACUCUGAUCCAGAUUAACAAGUGCCUGCAGGAUUGUAGACAAUGCAUGUUGUGCAUUAAUAUUAAAUUACUUUUAUUUUGUUCCUGUAUUAAUAAAAGAUUUCGAAAAUUAUGA